AUGAAAAAUAAUGAAUAAAUUAGCCUAGAAAUUGUUGCAUUCAAAGAAAGUCCAGAAAAUGAAGUUGUUUUUGAAAUAGAAUAUCAAUAAACAUAAUCCUAAACUUAGUUAGAUCAGAUUUUGGAAGAGUAAAGGUUUAAUGAUAAGUUGAAAGAAUGUGAAUAAAAACGAAUAGAGAAAUUGUAGAGGUAUUUGAUUAAUAAUUUAUAAAUAAUAAUUUUAGAAUACCUAAAGAAUUUUAGGAUAGUUUACCUACAAUUAGUGAAAGUGCUGACAUUUCAAACACAUAAUUAUAUAUAACGCAUAAUGUUUAAGAUGAUAUUGAAUAAUCUAAUUAUUUAAUUUAGAAUGAUAAUCUAACAUCCAAAAAACUAAAAUAGAAAACUUAAGAUUAAGCAAAAUAUGACAAAUAACUUAUGUAUUAUUCUAGCAUUAAUAUCUCUCAAUAUUAUAUUGAUAAAUCAAUUGAUUGUUAAUGGAAACUAUUAUUUACAUAUUAUAUAAUAAUUAUUGGAGCUAAUAUAAUUUUAAAUUUGAUUGAACUAAUUAGAUAUCAAUAAAGUUUUUGUAGAUUAAAAGGAUUGGAUCACUCACUCAUUUACAUUAAUUAAAUAGUAUAUAUGGCAUGCAAAAUUGGAAUCUUAAAUAUAAUCUAUUAAGAAUUCACUAAUACUUUACCUAUCAAGGUUAAGGUUCCAUUAUUAAAUCAAGUUAUGUUUAGUUGCAUAUUUCCAAUAUUAUCUAUGCCACUUUAUAUCUUUGAUUUUGUGCAAUGUCAAUAUAGAAUCAAGAUUUUUACACUCGAUUAAAGUCUGAAACUCUUAAACUUAAUUGAUUGUCUAAUCAUAUCCCUAUUAUUUUUAAUAAUACUGAUUUAAUCUUGUUGUAUGAUUUAGAUUUCAAGUUAAGUCUUUUAAAGAAUUAUGUAAGAAGUAUAAUUUUUAUAUAGGAAAUACAUGAAAAUAGGAUAUUAUAUUUUAUUGAUUAUAGUACAUUGUAUUUCAAUAAUUAUGGUCAUAGGAUAAUCAUUUGAUAAUAUUAUGCCAGCAAUGAUAAUGGAGAAUUAUUAUUUCAUAUUUUCUCUAAUUUUGAUGUGCUAUUUGUCCAUUUAAAAAUAUCUUUUUAAUAAAAUACCAUUCAAACAGAAUAAUUAAGAAAAUAGUUGA